AUGGAGGCUCUCGUACCAAUGACGCAAUACCAACUUGUUGUUAUAGGUUAUGAUUUCUUUCUGAUGCUUGCAAGGAAUGCUCUUUUACAAGCGCACGAUGUGGUGGCCCACGAAAUCUACGGUGAAGACGCUAUGCGAGUCACACCUCCCCCCCUGCUCCCCUAUCUCAACGGGGGGGAAGAUCUUGACGGUCCCAAUGGAGAGGUUGAAAUGGAAAACGUGACCAGGGUGCGAUUGGUGCAGUUCCAAAAAAAUACUGACGAGCCAAUGGGAAUAACGUUAAAAAUGAACGAGGAUGGAAAAUGCAUCGUAGCGCGAAUAAUGCAUGGAGGAAUGAUUCAUAGACAGGCGACUUUACAUGUUGGCGAUGAGAUUAGGGAAAUAAAUGGAAUACCGGUUAUGAAUCAGUCCGUAAACUCGCUGCAAAAAAUACUCAGGGAAGCAAGAGGUUCAGUUACCUUUAAAAUAGUUCCAUCUUAUAGAAGUGCCCCACCACCUUGUGAGAUAUUUGUUCGUGCUCAAUUCGAAUAUGAUCCAUUGGAAGACGACCUCAUACCUUGUGCUCAAGCUGGUAUUGCAUUUAAAACUGGUGAUAUAUUACAAAUUAUUAGCAAAGACGACCACCACUGGUGGCAGGCCAGGAAAGAUAACGCUGCAGGAUCUGCAGGAUUAAUUCCCUCUCCUGAGUUGCAGGAAUGGCGCGCGGCAUGCGCGGCUAUGGAAAAAACCAAACAGGAACAAGUCAAUUGCUCAAUAUGGGGUAGAAAUAAGAACAAGAAGAUGAAAGACAAAUACAUGGCAAAACACAAUUCCAACUUUGACCAAUUAGAUUUAGUAACGUACGAGGAAGUCGUCAAAUUACCAAUGUCUGAUCCCGCAUUUCAAAGAAAAACGCUUGUGCUGCUUGGAGCUCACGGUGUCGGUAGGAGGCACAUAAAAAACACCCUGAUUGCCAAGCACCCUGAUCAGUAUGCUUAUCCUAUACCACAUACAACGAGGCAACCUCGAACGGACGAAGAGAACGGCCGCAACUAUUUCUUCGUCUCGCACGACGAGAUGAUGGCCGACAUCGCGGCAAACGAGUAUUUAGAGUACGGUACUCACGAAGACGCGAUGUACGGCACCAAACUGGACACCAUCCGGAAAAUCCAUCAGGACGGGAAGAUGGCCAUCCUGGACGUCGAGCCGCAAGCCUUAAAAGUCUUAAGAACAGCUGAGUUCUCACCAUACGUUGUGUUCAUAGCGGCCCCCGCACUGCAAAACAUGGCCGAUUUUGAUGGCAGUUUAGAACGGCUUGCCAAAGAGUCAGAUAUGUUGCGUAGCGCCUACGGUCACUACUUCGAUUUAGUAAUAAUUAAUAACGAUAUCGAUGAUACGAUAUCAUCACUGGAAACUGCUAUUGAGCGGGUCCAGACAAUCCCGCAAUGGAUACCGGUAUCUUGGCGUCUAAAGAGGGCUUUAUUAUCCGCAUCCCUGAUAGCAAAAUUUGAUUCUAAGAAUCUUCUAAGAAGAUAUGACCCGGAACCUUCCCUUAUUGCUAAGAAUGUUCUUAGGGACUUUUAA